AUGAGCAAGCAAAAGACUACCACAAGCACAAAGAAGGCCACCCCCAAGAAGGCAACGACGGAAAUGGAUUCACGACAAGAUAGUCGAGGCCAAUCUGCUCCACCUGAUCCCGAGGUGGCGGCCAAAGAUUUCCGCCGCCGCAUCCGGAACCACGAGAAAGUGUCCCAGGCGGUCGACGAGUCAGAAAAGCAUCUCACCUACGUGAACCUCAUGGCCUCGAUGAGCAAGCACGGGCUUUUCAGCCGGUUUCUCCUUGGCUUGAUGGUGUGUGAUCACGACUCCACCUGGGUCGUCGUUGUCCGCAGCGACAUCGGCUGUUACAACAUCUUCAGCGACAUUGCCUGCCGUGACAUUGUUUGCAGGCAUGGCUGCAGCGACGCCAUCCACGGGAAUGGCAUCUCCCCAACACAGAAUGGGUCAACAGGAAGCACAAGGCAGUGGACAAAAUACUCUGGCACCUGGCACCUGGCAUUCCCGGUCACCCGAUCCGGCAACCUUCUGGUCACAUGCAACAAAAUCAAGGUCAUGGGCAGCUACUGGGAUGGCGGCUGA